AUGGAUCAACAUCAACAUCAACAACAAUAUCAUACUAAUGAUGAUGAUAAUAGUGAAUUGGAAAUUACCUGUUCAGCACCAGGUAAAUUAAUAUUAUUUGGAGAACAUGCAGUAGUGUAUGGUAAGAAUGCCAUUGCUACUUCAUUAAGUGAUUUAAGAACAACAAUAACAUUAAAGGCUAAAUUAUCUAAUACUAUUCAUUCUCAUCAUGAUUAUAACACUAUUGAUCAACAACAACAUCAACAACAACAUACUCAUCAUGAACACACUCAACAUCAAGUAAAUCAAUUAAAUCAAUUAAAUCAACUAGUAGAAGAAAAGAAUGAUACAUUGAUAAACUUUUAUGCACCAUCUAUUGGAUUUAUUGAUAAUAUUAAAAUUCCAUAUUCUAAAAUCUUGACAUUAUUUACUAUUAAACAAUUAAAUGAAUUAUAUCAUAUUAAAAAUAAUACAUUACAAGAUAUUAAACAAGUAGAACAACAUUUAUAUAAACCUGAUAAAGAAAUUGUUGAAAAACUUGUUACUUUAACUAAAAGUAUUUUACUUGAAAAGGAAAUUGGAACAUCAGUUGCAGCUAUUGAAUAUAAUAAGAUUAUUUCCAUUGUUAGUGUUUUAUAUUUAUGUUUAAUAUUUUACAAUCCAUUAAAUUGUAAACAUCAAUUUGAAUAUAUUAAUAUUGAUUUAUCAAAUACUACUUUACCUAUUGGUGCUGGUUUAGGUUCUUCUGCUGCUUUUUCUGUUUGUUUAGUUUCAUCUUUAUUAAUUUUAUUUAAUAGAAUUAAUUAUCAUUCUAUUCAAUUUAAUCAUCAAUCUAUUAAUAAUAUUAAUAAUAAUAAUUUAAAUGAUACCAAUGAUAGUACUAAUAAUUUAAAUGAUAUUAAUAAUAAUUUAAAUAAUAAUUUAAAUGAUAACAAUUUAAAUAAGAAUGAAACAAAUGAAAAUGUAUUAAAAUAUAUUAAUGAAUGGUCAUAUUUUGUUGAAUCAUUAAUUCAUGGUACACCAUCUGGUAUUGAUAAUUCAGUUUCUACAUUUGGAGGUGUAAUUAGUUUUUCACAAGGUAAAAUUCAAGAAUUUUUAUCACCACAAAUAUUACCAAAUAUGCGUAUUUUAAUUGUUAAUACACGUGUUGAAAGAAAUACAAAAUUAAUUGUUCAAGGUGUUAGAGAACGUAGAGAAAAUAAUUUUGAAUUUUAUGAAAAAUGUUUAAAUGAUAUUCAAAAUAUUUCAGAUGAAUAUUUAAAUCAAUUAAAAAUUAAUUCAUCACAUUUAUUUUCAAUUAAGAUUAAAAAUGGAAGAAUUAAUUGAUAAAAAUCAUUCAUUAUUAAAUGAUAUUGGAACUGGUCAUCCUAAAUUAGAUUUAAUUUGUAAAAUUGCAUCUAAAUAUAAUUUACAUGCUAAAUUAACAGGUGCAGGUGGUGGUGGAUGUGGUUUUAUUUUAUUAAAUGAUAUUAAUAUUAAUAACAAUAACAAUGAUAAUAAUAAUCAAAAAGAAGAACAAUUGAAACAAGAUUUAACUAGAGAAGGUUUUCAAUAUUUCAUGUCAAAUCAAGUUGCUGGAAUUGGUGUUCAAUGUGAAAAAUAUUUUAAACAUUAAUUUAUAUAGGGAUUACAUGUGUGUUAUUCAUAGAUUAGAUUAUUAUUAAUUAUUAUUAUUAUUAUUAUUAUUAGAUUAUGUG